GAGCCGCCGACACCGGUCGCCUUACUUGGCGGACGUAGGGCCUGUGGGUGGGGGCGGAGCCUGAGCUAGAUUGCCCCUCCCAUUGAGUGAGUCAAGUUGGCGCCUGCUUCCUGCCCCCUGAUUGUGCUGGCGACUUAAACAACCCGCUCUGUAAGAUAGUCUGCCUAGCAACAGCUGAUGUUAGCCAGUCAGCCCGCAUCGCGCGCUUUGAACUGAUUGGCUACUGUUGCCCUAUAAAAGUGAAUGCCUUUCCCGCCACGAGAGGAAGCACAAAGAGAGAUAGAGAAAGUCCACCGGCGAGAAAGGGCUGGUGGCAGAGAGGAGGCCUCGCGGGGCCCACGUGGAGACAAAUAAAGGCAAGGUUGCACACUGUCAGAAUCUGUCGCGUGUUCUUCCUGCAGGCCAGGAGCGACAUCGACAUUUGGUGACCCGCACGGGGACUGAUCAACCCCGAGACACGGCGGUGGUGUGCAACGCUCCAGCGUGGUGCUGCCGGACAGGAACCGGGACGAGAACCAUUGUGGGUCCCAGAAAGACUGACGCGUUGGACAAGCCCUUCGACUGAAGACUAAUCCUGUCCUGCCGGAGACCAGCAGCAGGCCUGACAGCCAGAUGAACCCGAAAAAGGCUGCUUUUUUCGUUGGGGGCGUUGUCCUAGUACUCCUCAGGAUAAGUAUGGUACAUGCGGGGCUGGGGGGCCCCGCUUCUGGAAUAGAUCUUCGCACGAGCCUUCUUGGCAGUCCGUGCGAUUGCGGAGGUGGCACGGUAAGCAGUAUACCACCUAGCGCCAAAAAAGGACCAGGGACCGAUUGUGGGGAUAAAACAGCAUUCUCAGUUGUGUACCCCUCCACUGCAGGAGGAUUUAGUCAACCAUCCUAUCAGUGCAUACUUAAGCCUAAGGUGAGUCCCUCAGGGCCUGGUGAUCUCGCCACAUGUCCCUGCACUAAGUUUGAGGAAUCCAUGCAUGUUACAUGCUAUACAGAGACAAAACAAUGCAAACUUAAGAGUACAACCUAUUGGAUGGCAACACUAACUACAACUAAAAGCCCUGUUGCCCCUAACCAUAUUCCCGCUGCUGUAGGCAGUUCUCCAUUCAUGCAGUCGGGUUGUAAUGGAGAGGUUGGAGAAACGGUCUGUUGGUCUAUGACCGCUCCCGUUCACAUCUCUGAUGGUGGAGGGGUCCAAGACCAGUACCGGCAGGAACAGGUCAUCGAGCGAUGGGAACAAUUAAAUCCGUUCCCUGAAGUCAAUUACCAUCCACUCCUACGCCCAAAAUCCCGAGGCAUUAACCUUGAUCCCGCUACUGAAUCCAUAUUAGAGGCUACCCACAAAGCACUCAAUCUUACUGACCCAGGGCUGGCCUCCGAUUGUUGGCUGUGUAUGAUGAUGGGAGAAUCAUGGCCGCUGGCCAUGCCGUUUAGAGACUAUGAAAGUGAACCUUACAAUUAUAGCACACCCUAUAAUUGCUCACAUGGGCCUCCAUUUCGGGUCCAGUUUAUGGGACAGUUUAAUGCAUCCUGUUUCCAAAAGUACCCACAAAAUAAUAGUUAUGAUAUUGUUGUUGGAGCGCUGGCAGUCGCCUCGUGUGAGUCCAUAACCAAUGUAAGUAGUAGCUCGCCGCUAUGUGCCCCCUUUGGCAAAGUAUUUGCUUGCGGCAAUGGUCAUGCUUAUACCUACCUGCCCAGUAAUUGGACCGGCCUAUGUGGCCUAGCUUACUUGUUGCCUGACAUUGGUAUUGUCCCUGGGGACCAACCCAUGCCCAUCCCAGCUGUGGACACCUUUAUAAAAAGACAUAAGAGAGAUGUACUGAUUUUACCUCUCUUGGCUGGUCUGGGGAUAACUGGAGCCCUGGCCGCUGGGACUGCGGGCCUAGGAGUUUCAUUAACCAAAUAUACUCAGUUAUCUAAGCAAUUGAUAGAAGACAUGUCUAUAGUUGAGAGAACCCUUCAGGAGAUACAAGAUCAAAUUGAUUCCCUUGCAGAGGUUGUUCUGCAGAAUAGAAGGGGCCUAGAUCUACUCACUGUAGAGAGGGGAGGUAUCUGUAUUGCCUUACAGGAAAGAUGCUGCUUUUAUGCCAACAAGUCCGGAAUCGUUCGAGACCGAUUAAAGAAACUGCAAGAAGACCUAGAAAAGAGAAGAAAAGAACUACAAGACAACCCCUUUUGGGGAGCCUGGAAUGGCUUGCUCCCCUAUAUUUUACCAUUGUUAGGUCCCCUGUGCUCCUUGCUUCUGCUCUUACUUAUAGGACCAUGCUUGCUCCGAUGGGUCACAUCAUUUAUUAAUGGGCGCCUUGCGGCGGCCCGGCGUCAAGUACGCCUGGUUGCCCAUGCAGCCCUGGCAGCAGCCCGUGAUGGGCACAAUGACCCCCAGGCUUACGCAUGGCUUGCUCGACUGGCCUACGACCGGGUCUAGAUGUGGCGGGUCUUCCGCACUCCUUCCCUAUUGACACUACACAGCAGGGUAGGUGAGUCAAUGACGGGUAAGAGCGUGCCUCCCCAGCACGACUCGACCUAAGCCAGGCCCUACCCCAUACUGCACGAAAGCCGCUGGAUUACUAGAAUCUGCCCAGAUCUAGAUGUCUCUCCGAGGGGAUCGCACGGAGGGGCAUGAGUGCAUGCCUAUGUGCAUCCAGGUUCCGUCCAGUUCACUCCUGGCCCUGGAAAAAGGACGAGGGUCUCAAGGCCUUGGUGGACCCGGGGACGGCCGACCAGGGUCCAAGCCAAGGGCCUACGGUGGGCCUCAACACAGGGCAUAAGCCUCUGCACUCGAUCCAGGGCGGGCUGCGAUGCAUACAUUCAUUCAAAGUAAAUAAAAUAGGGGGAGAUGUUGGGAGCCGCCGACACCGGUCGCCUUACUUGGCGGACGUAGGGCCUGUGGGUGGGGGCGGAGCCUGAGCUAGAUUGCCCCUCCCAUUGAGUGAGUCAAGUUGGCGCCUGCUUCCUGCCCCCUGAUUGUGCUGGCGACUUAAACAACCCGCUCUGUAAGAUAGUCUGCCUAGCAACAGCUGAUGUUAGCCAGUCAGCCCGCAUCGCGCGCUUUGAACUGAUUGGCUACUGUUGCCCUAUAAAAGUGAAUGCCUUUCCCGCCACGAGAGGAAGCACAAAGAGAGAUAGAGAAAGUCCACCGGCGAGAAAGGGCUGGUGGCAGAGAGGAGGCCUCGCGGGGCCCACGUGGAGACAAAUAAAGGCAAGGUUGCACACUGUCAGAAUCUGUCGCGUGUUCUUCCUGCAGGC